CUUAAGGCUACAGAGAGGAAAAGUCUGCGGAAAGACUCCAGUGAUUCGGAAGUAGAAAACGAAGCAAAAAGUAAAUUCUUGUCAAAAAAGCCAGCCUGGGUGGAUGAAGAUGAUGAAGCUGAGGAAAAUGUUGAUAUGACCCAUAGGUAUAGGAGAGAUUUCAUGAAAAGUGAUGCUGAGAAGACACUUACUAAGAAAAAGCUAAAAAGAAGACUCGAAGAACAGUUUCAGCGAGCUAUGGGAGGAGUUCCUGCCUGGGCUGAGUUAGGAAACAGGAAGAAAUCCAAAAGGACUGCAAGUGAUAGUGACAGUGAUGAAGAUGAUGAUCUGCUAUGCAGGACUGGCAAUUUCAUAUCAAACUCAGAGUCCCUGCCAAGAGGUAUUUUGAAGAUGAGCACCUGCUUGCCUGCGAAUCAGGAACGUUUUGCUAAUGGAAAACUGGCAACUGUGCAGUUUCAUCCAUCUGCUCAAGUAGUCAUGACUGCUGGACGUGAUCGAUCUGUGUCACUCUUUCAGGUUGAUGGUAUAAGGAAUCCAAGGAUACAGAGCAUCUAUUUAGAGAGUUUUCCAGUCUAUAAGGCUUGUUUCAGUGUCGAUGGAGAACAAGUUAUAGCCACUGGUACUCACCACAAAAUGUUCUUUGUGUAUGACAUGAUGAGUGGAAGUAUUAUUCCUAUGCAGAAAGUAAGAGGUGUGGAGGAAAGAUUUCUCAGAGACUUCGAAAUCUCUCCAGAUGGAUCAUUUAUGCUUGUAACUGGAACUUCAGGUUACCUUUACUUGUUGUCAAUGAAGACAAAGGAACUGAUUAGCACUAUGAAGGUAAAUGGAAGAUGUACUGCAUCGGCUUUCACUCCAGACAGCAGUAAAAUAUAUAGCUAUUCAAAGGAAGGCGAAGUUUUCAUUUGGGAUGUGAGAAGCAGAAAGUGUCUACACAAAUUUGAAGAUGAAGGUUCUUUGGAAGGAAAGUGCAUUGCUGUUUCAAAAAAUAACCAGUAUGUGGCAUGUGGGUCAGCUUCUGGAGUCGUAAAUUUAUAUACUACUGAUGUCUGUCUCAAGGAAAACCAUCCUAAACCAGUUAAAGCCAUAAUGAACCUAGUUACAUCUGCUACAUGUGUGACCUUCAAUCCCACCACAGAAAUUUUGGCAGUGGCUUCCCGUGAAACUGAUGAGGCUGUCAAAUUGGUACACAUUCCUUCAUAUACUGUGUUCUCAAACUUCCCAGUGUUCAGAAGAAAACAGAUUUAUCUUGCUCAAUCUAUGGACUUUUCUCCCAGAAGUGGUUUUUUCUCUGUAGCAAAUAAUAAAGGCAAAGCUUUAUUAUUUAGGCUGAAACAUUAUUCAGAUUUUUAAAAGAAGAUACAGGAGAAAAUGGACCAGUA